GAAAAAAGAAAAAAAGAAAAAAGAAGAAGUAAAAGGAGCAGGAAGGAAGGAUAUCCCCCAAAACCGCAACCUGGGUAGUUGCAGAAAUGUGUAAAGUGCAUGUCUGAUACUGAUAGUCCCAAAACCUAGUGAUGUUUUAAUUAAAGCUUUUAGAUAGUUGAAACUUGAGUGAGAAUAGAGGCAUGAUGAGAAAUUCACAUCUUUUUCUCACUUUCAUAGCACUCGUUCUUCUUACUUAUGCACUCCAGUUCCAAGUUCAUGCUGCUCCUGCUGGGCCAUUGAUCAAACACUUAUCUUCUCUUCUCAAAUGGACCAGGUCAUCCCCUAAAACACCCCAAUCAGAUGGGAAUGUUCUUCAAUUUGAGAAUGGGUACUUAGUUGAGACUGUUGUGGAAGGAAAUGAGAUUGGAGUGGUUCCGUACAGAAUCCGAGUCUCUGAGGAUGGCGAACUCUUUGCAGUCGAUGCAGUUAAUAGCAACGUUGUUAGGAUUACUCCCCCAUUGUCUCAAUAUAGUAGGGCAAGAUUGGUUGCUGGGUCUUUUCAGGGCUACACAGGACAUGUGGACGGGAAACCUAGUGAGGCUCGUUUCAAUCAUCCCAAAGGCAUAACCAUGGAUGAUAAAGGCAACGUGUAUGUUGCUGAUACCUUGAACCUCGCCAUCAGGAAAAUUGGGGAUGCUGGUGUGACAACCAUUGCAGGAGGGAAAUCAAAUGUUGCAGGGUACAGGGAUGGGCCAAGUGAGGAUGCAAAGUUCUCUAAUGAUUUUGAUUUGGUGUAUGUUAGGCCUACCUGUUCCUUAUUAGUUGUUGAUAGAGGAAAUGCUGCUCUUCGGCAAAUCUCUCUUGAACAGGAGGAUUGUGAUUAUCAGUACAAUUCAAUUUCCACUACAGAUGUGCUUAUGGUUGUUGGUGCCGUCUUGGCAGGAUAUGCUACGUGUAUGCUUCAGCAGGGAUUUGGACCGUCUUUCUUAUCUAGGACGCAGCAACCUUUAGACAGCAAAUUUAAGGAACACUCAAGCAAGGAAAAGCCCACUCCCAUUGUAGAGAGCAUAAAAGAGGAGCCAGGAUGGCCAUCUUUUGGACAGCUGAUCAUUGAUCUGUCCAAGCUUGCAUUUGAAGCAUUGGCUGGCAUAUUCCUUUCCUUUCUACCCUCUCAUUUCAGACCCAAUAGCUCCAAGAAAGGCCUCACUCCAUUAAAAGAUUCUCUCCGGAUGCCUGAAGAUGAAGCUGAGCCUACAUUAGUUCAGAGGCAGAGUACUCCUGCACCUCUUUCUGAAACUCGACAGGCCCAUACACCUAAUACAAGUGAUAAAUACUCAGAAAUGAAGCCCCCAAAGAAUAAAUCAAAUAGUUUUAAGGAUCCCUCAUUGUCAAGCAAGCACCGGUCAUCAAAACGACAAGAUUUUGCAGAAUUCUAUGGAUCAGGUGAGGUUCCUCCUUAUAGCAAGUCUAAGAGCCAGAAAGAAAGAACAAGGCAUCGCCAGCGAGAAAAGAGUGGAGAAGUGGCUUAUGAAGCAGUGGGGACAGAGCCGAAACCUGUUGAGAUGAAGGCAGUGGAUUAUGACAAUCUGAAGUUUGACCAUUAUAAUAUCAGGCGUAAGUAUGGACCAGAUGGUUCCUUCAGAUUUUGAGUGAACCAUGGCUCUACAACUUAGCCUCCUUAUCGAAAUUAGCUUAUUUCCUUCCCCACCUACAUGUACUCAUAUGUCGUAAUUGAAUCGAUACUGUAACUAGGGAUGUUUGUUAAAAGAUCAAUACAGAUGAGAUUAAGCUC